AUGCGUCGCCAUGACUCACGCUUGCACAGCGGUUCAAGGAGCGAUGAGGGAGACUACUUACUGCGCCGGCUUUGCAGCAAGAAGGCUACGAAUGACGUUGACAAGAUCUUUGCUGUGAGGGCUUUUUUCCCAGAGACGUUUGGCAUGCUCACGCCCGACUACUCUCAGACAACUGCCAAGGUCUUCACGGACGCCGCCCGUAGCCUCCUCGACGCUCAUCACAAUGUUCGAUUUAUGCGGUUUGCCUCUCACGGCGGCAUUGACGAUAAGUUGCCCACCUGGGUCCCGGCUUGGACACCCAUCCACAAGCACAGGUGGAUAUGGGGUAUUCGGGCUACGGGGCGACCGCUCUACCAGCCUGCGCUGGUUGCCAAAAACGUGGACGGAAAUGUGCUCCAAAUUAAGGCGCUUCGAGUCGAUAGCCUUACAGCCACAAUUAGCGACUUUAUUCCCAAAUUGUUUCCCAUUGGGAGGGAGCGCGACUAUAACUUCAAGGACCUUUGUGCCGCGCAUGCGGCUUGCGCUGUCUUCAAAGCCUGGAUAGAGAAAUUGGGAGCGAUGAGCAACGGGGCUGAAUACCUUAAUCGGCUUGACUCAAUGGUUGACAGAAUGAGUCUCAUGUACCUGGGGUGGAAUCGCUUAUUACAGAGCAUGAAAGCCUUUGAUUACGACGCGGACGGCACAUGCAGGUACAGCAUUCGGGCGGAGCCACGCAAGGCCAGAUCAAUGGAAGAGGAUUUGAAGAGGCUUGUGUCAGAAAUCGAAGACCACUGUUUCUUUCUUACUGCUGCUGGGACGGUUGGGGUAGCACCUGUGCCGGUCCGCGAAGGAGAUGAGAUUAUACUAUUGACUGGCGAGACACUGCCAUACAUUAUUCGCAAGAGCUCUGAUGGGCGAGGGAGAUAUGCGGUCGUAUCACCCUGUAUGCUUACCGACGAAAUAACCGUUGAACAGACCUCAGGAGUGACGAAACAACAUCCGUUGCAGGAAUGGUUCUGGGGAAGACCUAGUGCAGCAAUGGUCAAGGCGGCCGAUUGCAAGAGUUGGGGUUAUAUUGACUUGGUCUGA